AUUUUCCGCUACUCACAGCCGGUACCACGCCUUAGUAUAAAACGCAAGUUCAAAGUCAUGCAGUUACUAAAGUAGUAAUUGAAUCCAACGCCAUGCGACAUCAUAUUAUUUAUUUAUUACUAUCUCUGGGUCUAUUAUUCUUAUUAAUAGACUCAUCAUUAGAGUUCCAGUCAUCAGUUGAUAAUUCAAAAGGCUAUCUCUUAAAGACAACAUCUGAGAUAAGAGAAAAGCGACAACUCGAAGAACUUGAAGAUGAUGAUUACCCAACACCCUCAGCACAAGAGGCAGAACAAGAAACUGGUUUUUGGGAUAAAGUAGUAAAAGUAGCAUUAAGAUUGUUUAAUAAAUUUAUUGAAUGGCUAAAUUCAUCUUAAAAAAAAAACUUGUAUAAUUUAAUAAUUAAAUAUACAUUUACAUGCUAUGACUUACAAUUUACUACAAAUUUUCUUAAAUUUACAUGUAAUAGGUAAACAUCAAAGAAAUAAUAGCAAAUAUUCCUGUUACAUAAAAA